GUGUCAGCCGGUAUGACCAUAUCAGGAACACGCGCACCUGUGAGCUGACGUCAUAGGCUGAAAGUACCUGCAGCAACUCGCCCAGCUGCACUCAGUCACUAACUACCUUCAGGAGAGGAGACAAAGAAGACGCGACGCAAACCCGUUAAGGAAUAUAUUUAUAAUUUAUAAACUUUAUUUUUUAUCAACUUACAUCGCGAGGAAUACUGAAAGAGGAGUACAGACAGAUGGGGACCGCUCAGUUCGCGGUUUUGGGAAUUUUAAUCGUCGUUUUUCAGGCCUCUGUUUUAGUGCCUGCUGAAGAGCCAACAUGUGUACCUGGAUUCGAGUCAGGCAUGUUGAUUUUCAAAGUGUCCACAAAGCACCUGAAGCCACACACAAGACUGGGAAAAGUGGCCUUCACUGACUGCACAGACCGCACAACAUUUGUCUUCAGAAGUGAUGACAGACAUUUCACGGUACAGGGAGAUGGCAUACUGAAGGUGAAAAGACCUAUGAAUAUUCAUGGGAAGCAGGAUUUCACCGUCCACACCUGGACCUCUCAAGGUCACAAAAUGAGUAUUUCUGUCAGAGUAUUGCACCAUAGACAUCACCAUGGAGACCACCACAACCAUCAGCACCACCAGCACCACCAGCACCAUCAGCACCACCACACUAAAGUGGACCCUGCAAAUAAGACUGAGAGUGCAGCCGAGCCGGUGCCCAUUCUGCAUUUUCCCAAACGUAGUGCAGGGCUGAGCAGGAGGAAGAGGGAUUGGGUCAUUCCUGACAUCAGUGUUCCUGAGAACAGCAGAGGACCUUUCCCACUGAAAGUCUCUCAGAUCCGUUCCAAUGAGGAUAAGAUAAAGAGGAUCUACUACAGCAUCACUGGUCCAGGAGCUGAUCAGAAGCCUGUUGGCCUCUUCACCAUGGACAGAAACUCUGGCACUCUGUACCUCACACAACCACUGGACAGAGAGCAGCAAGCCGUGUACCAAUUCCAAGCACACGCUGUAGCAGAUGGCUCAGGAAAUGCCGAGGCACCAAUGGAUAUUAAUGUGAGAGUGAUCGACCAGAACGACAACAAACCUGUUUUCUCUCAAGACACCUACCUGGGAGAAGUGGCUGAGGCCUCAACAAUAGGUUUGGAGGUGAUCACGGUUCUUGCCACCGACGCUGAUGAGCCCUUUAAUGACAACUCGGAUAUCCUCUACAGAAUUACAGACCAGGAGCCAAAAUUGCCCAGUGACUUACUGUUUGUCAUCAACCCCAAAACCGGGGCCAUCAGAGUCAAUGCCGGUGGGCUAGACAGAGAGAAAUACCCAAAAUACACUCUGAUAGUAGAGGCUGCUGACAUGAAGGGAGAAGGCUUGGACGGGGAAGCCAAAGUAAUCCUUACCGUCACAGACAGCAACGACAACACUCCGGUCUUCAUUCAGCCGUUGUACGAGGCAUCAGUACCUGAAAAUAAAGCGGACACUCAGGUAGUCACCAUGUCUGUCACCGAUGGAGACGAGCCACAUUCCCCAGCCUGGAACGCCAAGUUCACCAUUGUUGACGGUGAUCCCGGAGGACUGUUCACAGUGAAAACAGGAACCAACAAACAUGAAGGAGUCAUCUCUACUGUCAAGAGUCUCGACUUUGAGAAGAGUGGCAAGCACACUCUGCUGGUUGCCGUGGAGAAUGAGGUUCCCUUUGCUUUUCUUCUGCCCACUGCCACGGCCACAGUGGUGGUGACUGUGGAGGACGUCAAUGAAGCCCCAAUCUUUGAGCCAAAAGAGAAGCAAGUGACUGUACGGGAGGACCUUGUCGUGGAUGCUGAAGUGGUGCAGUACACCGCCUCUGACCCAGACUAUGCCCGAAAACAGAAAGUCAUGUAUAAAAUAAUUAGAGACUCUGCUGGCUGGCUGACAGUGGCCAAAGACACAGGCCUGAUCAAAGUGAAAAACGCCAUGGACAGAGAGUCCAUCUUCGUCAACGACAACAAAUAUAUCGCUCUCAUUGCUGCAUAUGACGAUGAUGAAGUCCCAGCCACAGGAACUGGCACUCUCACCAUUCAACUCGAAGAUGUGAAUGACAAUGCCCCCACCAUAACUGAACGUUUAAUCACGCUGUGUAACAAGGAAUCGGCUUCCCACCUGCUGACAGUGACGGAUAAAGACGGACCAGGCUUUGCUGCUCCGUACAGCGUGUCUCUGGAGGGCCUGACCAAGAGCAACUGGACUGCUAGGAUGAAUGGAUCAAAAACGGGCAUUAUCCUGAAUUUGGCCACAGAGCUGCCCAGUGGAGAAUACACUGUGGUCCUGAGGAUUGCAGACAACCAGGGACAUGCGCAGGACAGCACGCUGCAAGCCAAAGUGUGUGACUGCACUGGAGAGGACGUGAGCUGCAAAGGCCGUGUGGCAGGGGGCCCCGACCUGCCUGUCAUCCUGGGAAUACUGGGAGGCAUCCUUCUGCUGCUCAUGCUGGUGUUGCUGCUGCUUCUGUUUGCGAGACGGAGAGGAGGAGAGCAGAAGGUGCCUUUACUGCAGGACGAAGACAUCCGGGACAACAUCUAUAAGUAUGAUGAAGAGGGAGGCGGAGAGGACGAUCAGGACUAUGAUCUAAGUGUUCUCCACCGCGGGCUGGACAACCGGCCCGACGUCUUCAGAGACGACGUGGUGCCAAACUUCAUGCCGGCUCCUCUGUACCGGCCCCGCCCCGCCAACCCAGACGAAAUCGGCAACUUCAUCGUGGAUAACCUGAAGGCCGCUGACAACGACCCCACUGCCCCCCCCUACGACUCCCUGCUGGUGUUUGACUAUGAGGGAGGCGGAUCUGACUCGGGAAGCCUCUCCUCGCUGAACUCGUCGGGCAGCGGGGACCAGGACUACGACUGCCUCAGUGACUGGGGGCCCCGCUUCAAGAAGCUGGCCGACAUGUACGGAGGAGGAGAAGAUGAUGACAUGCUGUAAACACACUAUGGAACCAAUGAUAUGGAUAGGUGGAUGCACAUAUGGCUCUGUGAAUGUAAAAUUGAUGUAACCAUGAACUGAUAAAUGAAUGCAUCCCAGGGAAAGAGUAGAACCGCCUACAGAUGUUUCUCUGGGGAGAUGGAGCAGUCCUUUCCAGCCCAGGAGCUCAGGAGCCAGAGGAUGAGUUCCCUAUUAAAUCGGUUGGGCUCUGUUGGAUCCCUGUUUAGCUCUAGAGUAUAGACCAACUGCUUUUUGUUUAUUUCUGUUUGAUUCGUGAUGCCACAUCAUCAGUCUCAAUGUUUCUGGAUUCUUUGUUGUCACUGGAUAUGUACACAGAUGUUCGAGGUUGCACUGGAACGUGUCUAUAAUUUUGGCAUGUAUGGUACUUAACAGUUUUUUAAUUUUAAUUUUUAUGGAGUUGGUACUACUGAUUCAGUUAAAUUGCAUUGUUUUGUAUUUCUGUUUGAGGAAUGAAAUCACAAAUGAUCAAGGGGAAAUCCAGGUAGCAACCUUGCAUAACCCUGUAAGGGUGUGGUCAAGGAGUUCUAAAUAAAUGUGUCUGUUCAGUUGACAUCUUUAUUACAUUGAAAUGUAAAAACACUUUGCUGUAACCUCCAAUGGUACUUUAUUGCAAACGCUUUGUUAUUUGAAUUUUUUAUAAAGUUAUCUUAAUACAA